AGGCCGCGCGAUUGGCUGGGGCGCGCGCGGGGUUCUCCCCACCCCUUUCCAGCAACCCCGCAGCGCAGCCUGCCGGAGAGUGGGGCGACUUCCAGUUGAGAGAUGGCGGCCACCGCGGGCAGAUCGCUGCUGCUCCUCCUCCUCUCCCGGACUCCCGGUGGCGGAGGAGGAGCGGCGCUGACAGCCGCCGGCUGUUUCCCGGGGCUGGGCAGGCACCGUCAGCAGCAGCAACAGCGGCACAGGACGGCACACCAAAGGCUUCCUCCAUGGCAGAACAUGAGAGUGGUCUAUUGCAGUACUGUAGUGCCCUCUGAUGAUGUGACAGUGGUUUACCAAAACGGGUUGCCUGUGAUAUCUGUGAAUCUUCCAUCCCGCCGUGAACGUUGCCAGUUUACACUUAAGCCUAUCUCAGACUCUGUUGGAGUAUUUCUACGGCAACUACAGGCAGAAGACCGGGGAAUUGACCGGGUUGCAAUUUACUCGCCAGAUGGGACACGUGUGGCCUCCUCAACAGGCAUAGAUCUUCUACUCCUUGAUGAUUUCAAACUAGUAAUUAAUGACUUGACUUAUCAUGUCCGACCACCAAAGAGAGAUCUCUUAAGCCACGAAGAUGCAACCACGCUGAAUGAUGUGAAGACAUUGGUUCAGCAACUAUACACCACACUGGGUAUUGAGGAACACCAGCUGAAUAAAGAGAAGGAACUAAUUGGACGGCUAGAAGACCUCAAACAAGAGUUAGCACCCCUGGAAAAGGUUAGGAUGGAAAUCUGCAGGAAAGCGGAGAAGAGGACCACCUGGGUGCUAUGGGGUGGACUUGCUUACAUGGCCACUCAGUUUGGGAUUCUGGCCCGGCUCACCUGGUGGGAGUACUCUUGGGACAUUAUGGAGCCAGUCACCUACUUCAUCACAUACGGUAGUGCCAUGGCAAUGUAUGCAUACUUCGUAGUUACGCGUCAGGAGUAUGUAUACCCAGAUGCCAGAGAUAGGCAGUACUUAUUAUUUUUCCAUAAAGGAGCCAAAAAGACGCGUUUUGACCUAGAAAAAUACAAUCAACUCAAGGAUGCUAUUGCUCAGGCAGAAUUGGAUCUUAAGAGGCUUCGAGACCCCUUGCAGGUACAUUUGCCUGUCCGACAAAUCAGCGAUAAAGAUUGAUCAGCGGAGGACCUCUGAACCCUGGCAGAAUUGGCAAACCUGUUCAUAGCUCUUGCCUCUUUAAUUAAAGUGUUGCAGGUGGAAGCUGGGAGGUCUCGUUGGGGUGGAGGGCUUUUUUUUAGCAUUAAAACCAGAACAAGGACCUUGGCUGGGGAGGGGGCAAUGUGUCCAAUUAGAAGGUCAGGCAUUGUGGGAUGUGAAGUCUUUUCAAAGGGCUUGGUGAGUACCGUCACAUUCAAACAUUCUUUGUUGCUGGAUGAAAAUAUAUAUUCAAAAGUUGGGCAUUUAAUGAAGAGAAUGUUGUGGGGUGGGGGCAUAUUUUCCAGCUUUGCAGUAUCUGCCUCUUGAUGAUGCACCAGCAGUCUGCUCAGCUUUUAAAAACAAAAACAUUCAAAACACCAAUAAUAAUAGUUCACCAAAAAAGUGAAGGGUGGGGGAAGCACCAAAGUCCUCUUAAGCAGCUAUGGCUGCUGAUCUCACCUAGAGCUCCACCUUCAUUAACAUGCACUCUAGAUUGGACCUAGUGUAUUGUUUGUAAAAUUAAUGUGAAACUGCUUUUUACUUACCAAAAAACAACCACCAAGAACUUCCCCCUCCCUGUCCACUUAAAAUCAACCAAAUGUCCUUCUCUACUGGAUGAUGAUAUCACUGAUUAAUUUUAUCAGAAUCACAAACUGAAAUAGCUCUUAUUCUGAAUGCUGAUUGACCUGAUUAUUCCUGAAUACCUUAGAGCUCAACAGGACUUACUGCCCUGAAUCUACUACUUACAUAUAAAUGGUGAUGUUGCAUGAGAGAAAUUUUCAUAUUCAGUCUUAAGGGAAAGAAGUUCUCUCCCCUCCCGCCCCCCAAAUCUGGUAGCCACCUGGAUUACAACAUCAAAGAAGCUUGUAUUUUUAAAUAUAUAGGGUAUUUGAUUCAAAAUAUGAUGAAGCAGCAUUAGAACAGGGAUAAUUAAACGUGAUGUUUACGUAACAGAAUUAAUGAUGUGUCUUGACGAGAUUGCCAGGUCUGGAGACUUUGUCAAAGGCCUGGAGCACAUGAGAUGGAGUUCCAUGUUGAUUCACAAGCCCUCUCUCAUAUAAGUAGCUUUAAAUUAAUGCUCUGAAGCCUACGGGUCAGGGUUUCUAAGGGGUAGCAGAUUGUAACCCCCUUUCUUAUUUAAACAAUUAAGGAAAUGGCACUCAUCACCCUCCACCUCCUUGCAAACCAGCUGAUUUUUUUUUUUUUGAAGCGGAUCUCACAUCCUGCACUGAGUGGAAUCAGCCUCUUCUUAUCGUCCUGUUAGAUAAAUACUGUGGAAACAGGAUGGAGGUCGGAGAAGAGCUCUAAGCUUAAUUUGCAGAAAGGCCGGGUGUUUCCUUUGAGUUCACCACUUCUCACUGUGUCAAGGCGAGAGGCUCCCACUUUCUGGAGAACCAUGUUUUAAAGUGUACAAAAUAAAUAUAAACCAGACGCCAGGUGCCUUGCCGAUGUGGAAACGCAGAUGGGAUUGUUGCUGCCUCCUCUCACUCAAUGGCAUGUUGGACUGAAUGGAUGCAUGUUCCAAGGUGUUUUUCUUCCCCCACCUUUCUUCUUCUGUCUUUCUGUUUUCAGUUAUCUUUUGAUUUUUCUUUUCUUUUCUUUUCUUAAAGAUCAGUUUUAUCCUUUGUAUGCAGCAUUUUAAAAGGAAGAAAAUGAACAGUCCUGUAACGGAAUCCUUUGUGUGUGUGUGUGUUUGGGGUGAGGGAGGGGGCAUGGAGAAAAGUCCUUUUAAAAAAACAAAGUAAAAUACUGAACAUGUGUAAAAUCCUGUAUCAUUUAUUAAAUAUGUAUAAAAGAGCAAUGUACUUCAGGAACAAUAAAUAACUAUUCAGUUUUUGAA